GGUUAAGAAAGGAAGACGAUUGUUAUUUAAUCUUUCUUCCGUUUUUUCUUUUAUUCAAAUGAACCAACCACCACACCAAAAAAAAAAAAACAAGAAGACAAAGAUGUUCAGACCUAUGAGUUUUGACGAGGAAGUUGAACUGUUUGGAGAUUCGAAGCUGAUCAACGAAGGUUCUUCGAUUCAGCUGACAAACUCGGUGAGUGGAAGCGAGGGAAGAGUCGUUUACAAGGAACCCAUCAAUCUUUUCCGAGGUGAAGAGAGUCGUAGUAACACGUUAUCUUUCUCGAGUCACUUCUCGUUUUCCAUGCCUAACGAGACCGAUGACGUCAUGGCUUUUGUGAUGGUUCCGACUAGUUUGGAUCUUGGUCUCUUCGGUAAAGAAAACAACAGUUCCUCUGCUUUAGGGUUUUUGUUUGAGCAUGCAAAGAACGAGACAGUUGUGGCUUUUGAGUUUGAUAUUUCCAAUAGAGGAAACCGUGCGAGAAUCUUGAUAGGUAAACCUGAAUCUUCCGAAACUAGGGACAUUUCGUUCGAGGGUGACUUGUUGGUGGGCGAUGGAGGGACGUUGAGCUGUAUGGUUGAGUAUGAGGCGAGUUUGAAGAGAAUGAUGGUUCGGUUCAGAAAAUUAGGCACGAGAAAGAUGUUGGAUCCGUUCUUUGAGUUCUAUGUAGACUUGGAGGAGAUACUGAAAGGUGGUGAGUUCGUGGUGGGUUUAAGCUCUACAAACGGGAGCUCUUCCAAUGCACAUCUUCUCCACUCAUGGAACUUUGACAUAAGGCAUCCAACGCCGGUGUGUGUCCCUCCAUUGCCACCUCGGGGUCCAGAUGGAAGUGUGAGUAUGUAGAGAAUGCUGGGUGGAGUAUAUUGAGGAAUAUGCUCUGGUGAGGGAUGUGUGCUAUGAGUAUUGUGGUGGUUGAUGUUGAAGAGUGAAAGAGACUGAGGAGUUUGGUGUGGUUUAAGAAGGUUGUGGUGUGAAUGCAGAGUCUUCUUCUGCUUUCUUUUGUGUUAUUUUCUGUUGCUUUACUUAUAGUUUCUUGGUUUCAUAUGUAAAAUAGCUAAUGAAAAGAAGCCGUGAGAAUAAUGAUCUUGUGAAGUUGAUGUUUCUUGGUCCAUUUGGUUUUAUAAAUAUUGGUAUACUAAAAAGGCUUUGAAACGAUUCAGUA